AGCUCGAGCUCUUAACUGCUUUACCUUAUUCUGUGCUUAACCCUGUUUUAGCUUUGAUUUAUGAUCGUUUCCGUGCAGGUUCUGCUUUCUGGAGUGUUUGAAGACCGAGACGGAGAAGAAGAGAAAAGAGGGAAAGUUAUUUCCCCCCUCUUUGCUUUAGCUGACUAAGGAGGAGGAGGAGGAGGAGGAAGGAUGGAGAGUGUGCGCGUGCUGUUGGGCGCCGUGCUGUUCGUGCUGCUGAGUUGCUCGCGUUCACCGUCGCCCGAGGCCUCGCGCAUUAAGUCCGGAGCCGCGCUGCCCAUCCAGCCCGAGAGAGAACCGGUUCCGUCCAAAGGAGUGUCCGGAUGCUCAUUCGGAGGGAGGUUCUAUUCUCUGGAGGAUACGUGGCACCCAGACCUCGGGGAUCCUUUUGGUGUUAUGCACUGUGUCAUGUGUCACUGCGAACCGCAGAGGAGUCGACGUGGAAGAAUGUUUGGGAAGGUGAGCUGUAAGAAUAUAAAGCAGGACUGUCCCAAACCCAACUGUGACGAACCGGUCCUGCUGCCGGGACACUGCUGUAAAACAUGCCCUAAAGUUGCAGGUGAAUCAGGCAGGAAGUCCACAGAGACUUUGUUAGAUGGUUUCAUGUUUUUCCAGGAGAAAGAUGACGACCUUCACAAGUCGUACAACGACAGAUCAUAUCUCAGCUCAGAGUACAUAAAUGGGGGAGACAGCAAAACAGAUUUUGUUGCAUUGUUGACCGGCGUAAUGGAUUCAUGGUUGCCGAGUUCCAGGGGAGUCGCACGAGCUCGCUUCACCCUGACCAGGACCAAUCUUGCCUUCUCCAUCACAUAUCAGAGGAUAAACCGGCCAAGCAUCAUCAUGUUUCUCGACUCGGAGGGGAACACAGCGUUCGAGUUCAGAGUUCCACAAGGCAACUCAGACAUGAUCUGUGGCGUUUGGAGGAACCUGCCCAAAUCUCACAUGCGUCAGCUUCAGGACGAGCAGCUUCGUGUGUCCAUGAUGGUGACGGACAGCAGGGGAGAGGAGAUUCAGGGCAAAAUCAUCAAACACAGAGCCUUGUUCGCAGAGACGUUCAGCGCUACGCUGUCGUCGGAGGAGAAUUCUGGGAUGGGAGGAAUCGCCAUGGCAACGCUGAGUGACACAGAGAACAACCUGCACUUCAUCCUCCUCAUGAGAGGCGUCGUCCAGGCUUCAGAGAGUGCAUCGCUGCCCGUGCCCAUCCGAGUCAGACUGCAGUAUCGACAGCACAUGCUGCGGGAGAUCCACGCUAAUGUUACUGCUAAUGACCCCGACUUCGCCGAGGUUCUCUCUGACCUGAACAAUCGCGAGCUGUUCUGGCUUUCACGUGGGCAGCUGCAGAUUGUUGUGGAAACGCAAGGCCACAACCCCAGGCACAUCUCAGGCUACAUCACUGGCAAGAGAUCAUGUGACACAUUACAGAGUGUGAUGUCCAGUGGCGACGCUUUGACCCCUGGGAAAACGGGCGGAGUCGGGUCAGCCAUCUUUAAUCUCCAUGCCAAUGGCACCCUUGACUACCAGGUCCAGGUGGAGGGUGUGUCCAACGCAGUGGUGGGCGUGACCAUUGAGAUGAAGCCGCGGAGACGGAACAAGCGCAGCGUGCUGUAUGAUAUGACAGGUGAGUUUGUGGCAAGUGGGCAUGGAGGGCGGGCCCUCGGCUCAUACGGACGUAUGGAGGCACGCCACAUUCACAUGCUGCUUCAGAACGAACUGUUUAUCAACAUCGGUACGAUGGAGAACCCUGAGGGGGAACUGCGGGGACAGAUCAGAACACUGCUGUACAAUGGCCUGGAGUCCAACCGACAUGAGCUUCCAUUCCCUCUGGCUGGUCAGUUUGUGUCUCCGCCUGUGAGGACAGGGGCAGGUGGACAUGCGUGGGUGACGGUAGACGAGCACUGCCACCUGCACUAUGAGAUCAUCGUGACCGGUUUGGGGAAAGGAGACGAGGCCACAGUGAACGCUCAUCUGCACGGCCUGGCUGAGAUCGGAGAGAUGGACGAGUCAGCACAUGCUGGUCCCAAACGCCUGCUCACCGGCUUCUAUGGAGAACAGGCUCAGGGGGUUUUGAAGGAUCUGAGUAUUGAGUUGUUGCAGCAUUUGGAUAAAGGCACAGCAUUCAUCCAAGUCAGCACCAAGAUGAAUCCUCAGGGAGAGAUACGGGGGCGAAUCCAUGUAGCGAACAGCUGUGAGCAAGGCUCCCGGGCCGAGGCUGUGGUCGACGAGGCUGAGUUUGACGACGUGGUGUUCGUCCGUGACCCAGAAGCUUUCAAGAAAGAUCCACUGGCAUGUUUCUUCGAAGGUGAACGUCACACUCAUGGCUCCCGCUGGUCACCGCACUACAACUCCUGCUUCACCUGCAUGUGCCAGAAGAAGACAGUUAUCUGUGACCCGGUCAUGUGUCCUGCACUGACGUGUCCUCACACCUAUCAGCCUGAGGACAAGUGUUGCCCUGAGUGCGAUGAGAAAAAAGUGCCAAAGGAGAUCACAGCUGUGGAGAGGGUUGAGGAACAUCCAGAAGGGUGUUAUUUUGAAGGCGAUCAGAAGAUGCACGCACCUGGAACUGUGUGGCACCCGUUUGUGCCACCUUUCGGCUACAUCAAAUGUGCUGUGUGUACCUGCAAGGGCUCUACAGGAGAAGUGCACUGCGAGAAAGUCACCUGUCCCCCGCUCACCUGCAGCCGGCCAAUCAGACGCAACCCUUCAGACUGCUGUAAGGAGUGUCCAGUUGACGACACACCCCUCCUGGAGGAGGGUGAAAUGAUGCAGGGGGAUGGACCGCGUCAAUGCAAGUUCGGCAAAAACUUCUACCAGAACAGUGAAAACUGGCAUCCUCGCGUGCCAUUGGUUGGGGAGAUGAAGUGCAUCACAUGCUGGUGUGAUCAUGGGGUCACAAAGUGUCAGAGAAAACAGUGUCCACUACUGAGCUGCAGCUUUAUUACACGAAGAGAGGGAAAGUGCUGCCCUGAGUGUGCAGAUGAUUUCACCAAAGAAGAAGAAAUGAUGAAGAUGGAGGAGAAAAAGAAGAGCUGGAGGCAGUGAUCCUGCCCCAUUUUUUGUCCUCAGUCCUAUCAGUCCAUCUAUCCAUCCUCCCAUCAAUCAGUUCUUCUGUCUGUCUGACCAUCUCUCUCUCGAGUGGGCCGCUGGCGAACUGUUCGAGAAGUGACAGAAACAAAAGCGGAGAAAGAGAGAAAGGGAAAAUGUGGAAAUAAACAAGCAAGUGAGGCAGAAAAAGAGCCUCUAAGAGAAAAAUGUUGAAGGAACAAAAGGAAAAAGGACCAAGCUGCUGUGCUGGAAAAAAAUCCUUCGUGAUUGACUUUUUAAAAAUUGAAUGCUUUUUUUUUUGUACUUUUUCUUUUGGGACUUGGAACAAACUUCAGUCAAAUAGAGACAAACAUACUAUACAUUUUCUUGACAAUGGGUGGUAUGAUUUUUUUUUUUUUUGUGUGUGUGUGUGUGUGUGUGUGUGUGUGAGCAUGUGUGUUAAAUUUGCCUGGUGCAGGCAGCCGUAAACUCAUUGGGUGGCAAUGAGUGAAUGUAAAACACACACAUGUGCCCACACACACAUGCGCGCGUGCACGCACGUGCGCACACACACACAUUCCAAUAUGCUUCCACAAAUACAGUAUUGUACUGUGUUUCUACAGUAUUCAUCAUCCUUAUCAGAAUAUGCAAAUUUCAGUCUCAGCCAAUAAGCUGCUCUGUCUCAUUUUUUCUAUUACAAAGUGCCUGAUUGUUUUGCUUCUCAAGUGGAGAUGAUUUGACUAAUUAAAUUGCGGAGCUCCAAGUUUGUUCAUAUUGGCUUCGCAUAUUUGUGUUGCACCGGAAGUCGUUACCUGUCUGUUUUGUUUUUCAACCCUUUAGUGUAAUGUUUUAUUAUUAUUUGCUGUCUGAUUACUCUGAUGAAUAUUGUAUUUCAUAUUUAUUGAGUGCACAGGGAAAA